AAUAAAAAUAGAAAUUAGAAACCCCUCCAAAAACCCUACUGCUGUUUACCAGCAUCAAAUUCGAAACUAUGUCGUUGCCAUUUUCUUCCCCGAUGUUCUUGCAUUCUGGUGCUUCAUUCUCCGGAUUACGUGGAAGAUCAAAUCCAAAUGGGUUGUGGCAGAGAAACAGCGUGAGGAAGACGAUGUUAGUGGUGAAAGCAGGUCCGAAGAGAAUUGAAUUUGACAAAAAAUGCAGAGAUGCUUUACUUUCGGGGAUUAAUAAGCUUGCCGAUGCUGUUUCUGUGACUUUGGGGCCGAAAGGCCGUAACGUGGUCCUUUCAGAGUCUGAGAAACUCAAAGUGAUAAAUGAUGGUGUAACUAUUGCCCGGGCCAUAGAGCUUCCCGACACAAUUGAGAAUGCUGGAGUGCUGCUAAUCCAAGAGGUUGCAACCAAAACAAAUGGGUCGGCGGGUGAUGGUACGACAACUGCGAUUUUGUUGGCCCGAGAAAUGAUUAGAUAUGGGUUAUUGGCUAUCACCAAUGGGGCUAACCCUGUAUCCUUAAAGAAAGGAAUGGAGAGGACAGUGGAUGAAUUGGUUAAGGUAUUGAGUGAGAAAAGUUAUGCUGUAAGGGGCAGUGAUGAAAUUAAAGCCAUAGCUUCAUUGUCUGCUGGAAAUGAUGAAUAUAUUGGAAACUUAAUUGCUGAAGCUAUUGAGAAAAUUGGCCCUGAUGGUGUAAUAUCAAUUGAAUCGUCUUCAUCAUCUGAAACUUCUGUGACAGUCGAUGAAGGAAUGAAGAUAGAUAAAGGAUACAUGUCGCCGCACUUUGUCACAAAUAAGGAUAAAUCGAUAGUGGAAUUUGAGAAUGCCAGAGUUCUGGUGACUGAUCUAAAGAUAUCCAGCCUGAAGGAGAUUGUUCCGUUACUGGAGAAGUCUACACAAUUGAGUGUCCCUCUACUGAUUUUUGCUGAAGACAUAUCUCGGCAAGUGCUGGAAACUCUAGUCUUGAACAAAAUGCAAGGUGUGCUUAACGUUGCCGUUGUAAAAUGUCCAGGUCUUGGAGAAGGAAAGAAGGCUAUAUUGCAGGAUAUUGCUCUUAUGACUGGAGCUGACUUUAUAUCGGGAGAUUUUGGGGUGGCUCUUGAAACAACAACUUCUGAUCAGCUUGGUAUUGCUCGAAAAGUAACAAUUACUAGCAAUUUUACCACUAUAGUGGCGGAUCCGUCCACUAAAGCUGAAAUUAAGGCCAGAAUAAUGCAGAUAAAAAAGGAUCUUGCUGAAACUGAUAGCAAAUAUCUAGCGGAAAAGCUAAGUGGGCGGAUUGCAAAGCUUUGUGGUGGGGUGGCUGUUUUAAAGGUUGGGGCUCAUACAGAAGUCGAACUUGAAGAUCGAAAACUACGAAUAGAAGAUGCAAAAAAUGCCACAUUUGCGGCCAUGGCUGAAGGAGUGGUUCCUGGUGGCGGAGCCACAUACAUACAUCUCUCAAAGCAAAUACCUGUUAUCAAGGAUGCCUUUGAAGACCCAGAUGAGCAGAUUGGUGCAGAUAUUGUUGGAAAGGCACUUCUUGCACCAGCAAAAGUAAUUGCAGCAAAUGCAGGGGUUGAUGGAGAUGUGGUUCUGGAAAAAAUUAGAGCUUGUGAUUCGAAUUUCGGGUAUAAUGCAAUGACUGGGAGAUACGAAGAUCUAAUUGCUGCUGGUGUCAUCGACCCUUGCCGGGUUUCAAGAUGUGCGCUUCAAAAUGCCGUCUCUGUUGCUGGUAUGAUCCUCACCACUCAAGCCAUACUGGUCGAGAAAAUCAAGAAGCCCAAGCCACUUGUUCCCCAGAUUCCCGGUAUAUCCCCCUGAAGGAAGAUCAAGGUCGUAAGAAAUCACGGUACACUAGAAAAUCGAAGAUCAGCCAAACAGAUUAGAGUAUUCACGAUUCUUUGAGACAAAUGCCCUUCCUUUAGUGUCAACGAGAGGAGAUCGUACAAUGUUGGAUGGUUGAAAUAUGAGCGUUCCAAUUAGAAGCCUAACAAGGUCAGGUCAGCCACUGGUAAGAAAUUAGCUCUUUUCCAGUUAAAGAUGAUACAUGGAGUAUAAUAAAUGGCUUGUCCUUGUUGAAAGUCUUGAAGAUGCUUCUUUGAGUGCCACUGAUGAUGAAAUGUUGAUCUAUUGGGCCACGUUGGCGAUUCAUAGCCAACGUGGCACUCGAGAAACCUGGGCAGUACCUAGGAUUUGAAUCUGUGAGACUCUAGGAAUGCAACUUUUGUUUCAUUAGAUUAUUAGUACUACCAAAUUGCAAUGAGACAAGAAGAAAGUGACUCUUCCCCACUUUCUAAGAAUUUAAAUAUCAUCAUAUGCUAACCAACUCCAUACAAAUUAUGAUGAUGAAACUGUGGACUUUUCUGGGUCAGGUAGAACAACCAUUUACAUAACAACUUAUAUUUAGUAACUUUUGCAAUUGCAUUCUUUUCCUUGUUGAAUAAAGUCAUUACUUUCUGUCCAUUUCUUACAUAUGUUACAUCUGAUCUACCAAAUCAAGAUUCCAAUUGAUCAUCUUUGGACCAUAAUCAUUCUCUUAGCCGUUUUUGUAUGUCGUAGAAUGUUAGCAAUCUUCACAUUAAAUAACCAUUUUAAAUUUGUAAUUAUUGUUCGCAAUCUUCAUCAAGUUGUCAUUAUUUCUUG